AGGAAGUCAAACGUCUUUGACUAACGUAACCAUGUGCUUCGUAACUCUUCCCACUGGUUUGAUCUGGCUUUUGAUGGGAAUGCAGGUCCAACAAGCGUCUGGUUGUACCUUUACUCCACACCAGGGAGAGUUUGCUGCAAGCUUCAAGUAUGAAAUGCUGAAAAAGAGUGAACCGGAAUGCCUUCAAGUGUGCUACGAAGAGCCUGACUGCACCUUUGCCCAUUUCGUCCAGCUCAUCACGGGUGUGUGCACCAUUUACAAGAAUGGUUCUGAAACUCAAAACGUAACCGGAGUGGUGUACAGCAUUGAUCGCCAACUUGUGAUUCCAAACUGUCAGCAGCCUCUUCCGGUUGCAUCAAAAGUUGAAUUUCCUGAAGAUGUCUCCAAACUAGUGAUAAAUCAGGACGAAGCUGAGCUUGAUAGUCUGUUUGACCAAAACGUGACAUCCAUUUAUGCAUUCUAUCACGCUCGAAGGUGGUUCUACUCACAAAAUGCUUCGCUGUUUCCGGAUGGCACGAAACCAGAUCGCAAGUUCAUCUUCGCUAGAGAACCUCAGCCAGGCUGUUCAUCACUUCCUGUAUUCACAACUGCAAGCGGUAGAAUCUACAUUGGAAAGGUCUACAAUGUGACUGGCUACACCUUCAUGCAUGCCUAUGCAUUCGCAGACGUUUGCAGAUCAAUCGCCUGUGCGGGAACGUGUUGUGGAACAAUGCCUAUAGGUCCAACAGGGGACGGCAAUUUAUAUGUAGCACUCCCUGGAGUGCUUAUCUUCUACAUGGUAGACGCCAUUGAACUCUCCACAGGCCUUCCGUACAACGACGACUACAAAUUACCCUGCUGA